AAAAUUGCGCGCGCUUGGUCACAUGACUCGACGGCGGCAAGGAACACUAAUCUGUUUUUGUAGCUGAAUUAGUGUACACUUAUUAUACUUAAAGUGAAACAGACGUAUAUUUGAAGUUUGAUAAAAAACGAGAUAGAAAGUUCUAGUGCAGUCCAAUGCAGUCCAGUGCGGUCCAGGAACAAAAAACAAAUCUAACGAAUGCAUAAAUGCGCGUGAAUUCCGCGAUAGCGAUCACAUUGUUUGUCAAUUUCAAGUUUCUUAACGAGUGUUUGUCGUUCCAAGAAACCACGAGGAUAUCUCCAAGACACUCCGAGGAAGAGAGGCAACGUGUAAUUUUUAAGAUUCGUCGCUUUUCACAUCGUACAAGAUGGGAAGAUCAAAAUUGAAGAAGAAGCUGCAGCUACAGCAAAAAGUUAAAGAAACUAUAUCAACAGAAAAAUCCACAGAUACACAGAAAGUGCCAAUAAAUAAUUUACCAGAAAAAUUUCUCUGGAUGCAUGUGAAGAGUGGUACCAAGAUUAGAAAUGUACUUGGCUAUGCGCUGAAGGAGUUUCCUAGUUACAACAGCAUCGUCUGGACCGGAAUCGAACAUAGCAUUGCGAAAACUAUUUCUUGCGCAGAAAUUUUCAAGAGAAAACACAAAGGCCUUCAUCAAAUCACAAAGUUACGUAACGUCCGCUCGGAAAAAUCAGGAAAGGAUACAACAGCUGAGAUUCAUCGUGUACCGGAAAUCCAUAUUUUAUUGUCUAAAGAUAUUAAGGAUACAACUGAACUUGGGUAUCAAGCACCUGAAAAUUGUGAACAAUUUCUAAAGGAAGAUGUAACGGAAUCAAAAAUUAUUACAACAAAUAACAUUGAGAGUAUGCCUGACAUCAGCAAGCAAUCUACGACAAUGGAAAGGAUUGAGAAAAGAAAGAAUAUCGAUAAACGGAAAUACGCUGAACCAUUUUCAAAGAAAAAGAAAAUAUCUUGAUUAAUAUAAUUUAAUAAAUAUGA